UGGAAGGCAAGUGUGCUAUGAGUUGACAAAACUGUUCAAUGACCCUGACUUCAACAAGCAACAACUGUUUUUUAAGCAAUGUUUUAUUUCUGCUUUCAUUCAGCAAAAAGAUAAAUACUUCACAGAGGAGUUGGGUUGCAACACAUUGAGACCACGGGACCAUUGGUCACUGGAUCAAAACGUGUUAUCAUGGUACGUAAUAUGGAUGACCUGGACUUUUGCCUGUCCUCUCACUCACAAAGCAUGUUGGAGGGACUGCGUUCUCUCUGUUCCCACCCAAAUCUUGUGGAUGUAACCUUAAGUGCUGGUGGAAGGGACUUCCCCUGCCACCGGGGCAUCCUGGCUCUCUGUAGCCUCUACUUCCACUCUAUGUUCUUAGGUGACUUUGUGGAGAGUAUAGCUGCACGGGUAGAGCUUCAUGACGUGGAUCCUGAUGUACUUGCCACCCUGCUGGACUUUGCUUACACUGGAAAACUCACCAUAAAUCAGGGAAAUGUGGAGGGCCUGAUAUGCACCUCAAGUCAGCUUCAAUUUCAGACGGUGCGGACUGUCUGUAGUCGAUACCUACAGCACCAGAUAGAUGCUAGCAACUGCCUUGGCAUACAAGAGUUUGGAGAGAUCCAUGGUUGUCCUGAGGUAGUGGCUAAAGCCAAAGCAUUUCUUUUGGAGAACUUUGAGGCAGUGCAACAGCAUGAGGAGUUUCUGCUGCUGGAAAAGGAUAAGCUAGUAGCUUGUCUGAAGGAUGAGGGUCUGAAGGUGCGGCAUGACUGUGCUCAAGCUGAGGCAGCACUUGCAUGGGUCAGACAUUGCAGAGACAGCCGAAUCUGUCACCUGCCAGAACUACUGAGACUGGCAAGACUACCUCUUCUGCCUGAGUCCUACCUUAUGGAAAUCCUGUUGAAAGAUCCUCUAGUUCAGGAUUCCCUGGAAUGCAAAGAACUUCUGGAGGAUGUUUCUAGAGAGAAAAUUAAUAUAACACCAGGCGAGUCAGCGCAGAGUACAUUCAGAACUACCCCUCACAACCUGCAGGAAGUGUUGUUUGUGAUGGGUGGCCGCUCGCUAGAUGACUCUGAUGAAGAAGAUGAGGAGGAAGAUGGUGAGAGACAGAUCAGGAUUCAUCCUAGGAACUGUGCCUUCUACAACACAAAGCUUCAUCAAUGGUAUCAGCUACCUGAUUUUCCCAACUACAAUAAGUGGGGUUAUUCUGUUGUUUCUUUGAACAAUGAUGUGUAUGUUACAGGUGGUUCAAGAGGUUCCCAGACCAAUACCUGGUCAACCACAGAGACCUGGAAGUAUAUAACUCGUGAAGGGAGGUGGGUUACAGUAGCGCCCAUGUUGAGGCCCAGGACUAAUCACUCCUCUGCAGCACUAAAUGGAGAGAUUUAUGUCAUUGGAGGCACAACGAUGGACACUGUAGAAGUAGAACACUAUGACCCAUACAUUGACAGCUGGGCUCUCACAGCUCCUGCAGUGAAAUAUGUGACCAAUUUCACAGCCACUGCAUGUCUGGGGAAGCUGUAUGUCAUUGGCUCCUGUGCUGUCAAAUAUAAUGCCCUGACUCUGCAGUGCUACAACCCUGUCAUAGAUAGUUGGAGUAUCAUCUGCUCUCCAUUUAUCCCAAAGUACCUAUCUUCUCCUCGUUCUGUUUCUAUGGAUGGAGUUAUCUAUCUGGUAGCGGACAACACCAAAAAAGUGUAUCUGUAUGACCCAGAUGCUAACAUGUGGCAGAAAGUUCAGUUCCUCCAUAAACUUCAUGAGAACGGAGGCAUGGUGGUUCUGGGAGAGAAGCUCUGCGUGACUGGGGGCCACUGGAAAGGAAUGGAGGGAGAUUAUGGUGUAGAAGUGGAGGUGUACAAUCGAGUGUCCAACUCCUGGAGGGUGGAGUGUUUUCUUCCCAGGCUCUGGUACUACAGUGGCUGCUGUUCGAUCUUCCUAGACACGGCCCAGUGGCCUGAGCUCUUUCCUGAAGAGACAUAAUAGGAUGCAGUGAUAUGAAGCUGUUUAGUUAUAUUGUAAGCUCAACUAGAAUAACCUUAGCUUAGCUAAGAUGACUAGAACAAUAAUUCUCUCUCAGAGAAUUUUUGACUUUAUUCUAUUUUUAUUUUUAAGAUACAGAAAACAUCUUUCAGUAGAAAAAUAUACAUUCAAGGAAGUGGAGUUAAAAAAAGUGCUGUUGUAAGUGUAUUUUUCUGCCAUUCUUUUUUUUUUUGGUUUACAUUGUUUAAAAUGCUUUGUUUAUUGAUUGUUUUUGUUUAUUGAUUGUUUUUAUUUUUGUAUUAUUACAACACUAACCACUGGGAAAGUUGGAUAAUAUAUUUCUAAAUCUGCAUGAUUUCACAGAAUAGAGAACAUAUAGCUAUGUCUAAUAAUUAAAAAAAAAACAUGUCUAAGGCACUUUACAAACACAGUCACAGUUCAGUGAUGAUGUUUAAUGGCCUGAUCUUAUUGGAGGCCUACAUGUGAACACGCUGCAGAUGUCCAAAAUGUAAACUGACUGAGCCUAGAAUGAAAUUGUGUUUGGUAUUAAGUCACAUAUACAACAUAUACAACCAUCAAUAGCAAAAACUGAGGGUAACAAUGUGGUAGUGCAUGAUAGGCAACACAAUAAAUACAAAAAUGGUAAACAAGAUACAUUGCAGACAAUGCAACAGUUACAACACAGAAUGCAUAUGUCCUUGCAUGUGGUGUGUAAUGAGAAAGAUAUAACCAGAAGCAGCACAUGUCCCUGGGUUAAAGAAGUAUACUUUUAUUAGUCAUCGUUGGACUUUUGUGUACAAUUGAACAAUUCAGCUUGUUCUGACCAACUACAAAAACAAGGUCCAAGCUCGUCAAAUUGUUAGAACAUAUUGUUACCAAUUGUUGGACACAACAUAAAUGCUAGUAGUGAACAAACUUGUACUUUGUCACAUUUAUUAUUGACUUUGUUUAGUUAAGUGCUGUUUACUGCUCUUUACAGAACAUUUUUUUUUUUUUUUUAUGUAGAGAUGUUUUAUUGCAUUACUUAUGAAGGCAUCUUUGCUCUACAGCAUCUAGUGCUGUACACACACUCUAAUGCACUUGCUGUAUAGAUAUUCAUUGCACUGCAUAUACUUUUAUGUAAUUAGUAAUUGUGUUUCAUA